CGUCUGCUGUUGUAUAGCUCGUGCGAUGUAAUUGCAGUUGUCUGUCAUAGUAAUUAUUAGUAGAGUUGUUUUGACUAUAUUAGAUCUGUCAGAGAAUCGCCUCUCGUCUGACACCGCGCCAGGUGUAAAAUUGGAAUAAUAUGUCAGACACUCAUUGGAUGUCAUCAAUACAUAGACGAUGGUUUAUGAGAGACAGCGAGGAUGAAAGAAUACAAGACUUUACCAUACUAUAAUGGACCUUCCCUUCCGCCAGAAAUUGUCCAGAGUUUGCACCAUAAUGGAAAAUGCUGGAAUACCACUAGUUAAGUCAGAUUUUCAGUAUACACGUUACGUUAGUACAGAUGAACUAGUUGAUGUCCAAUCUGUGAAUAGUUUCAAGAUCAUGGAUGAAAAGAAUAAUUUAGGAUUUAGACUUCGUCAUAGAAAGGAAUUGAUAAGCCACAGAUCAAAAGUAGUUGAUACGUCGUUUGUUCUUAGUCUUGUAGGAAUUAUUUGUAAUGUGUUCCAUUACGAGCUAGUUUUAGGAGAUGUUAUAAUAUACGACGGGGCAGCAUCUACCGUUUUACGGAUAAUUACCACUAUAACAACAUGUUUUCUGGUAAUUUCAAUCUUUAUGUACAAUUUGAUUGGCAUACGACUACAACUGGUGACAACAGGUCUUGACAACUGGAAGUUAGUCAUUAAUUCAAAUAUUAUUGUGAAAACAUUGCUAGAAAUUAUUAUCUGUUCUAUACAUCCGAUUCCAUAUGGAAAUUUUACUACGCCAAUGCUGGUAUUAAACCCAGAUACAUUUAUUUAUGAAACCCAUCAAGUACCAAUUAAUGCAAUUUUAUCAGUACUGAUGUUUCUACGUAUUUACAUCUUAGGAAGAUUUCUGGUUGUACACAGUGGUCUUUUCAGGGACACUACGGUUCAAAGUUUAGGGACACUAAGUAAAGUCAAUAUAAAUGCAAAAUUUGUAUUCAAAGCUUUGAUGUCAACAAUGCCCGGGACCAUUCUGACCGGUAUAUUAGUAACGACGCUGAUCGUAAAUAGCUGGGGCGUUAGGAUAUGCGAAUAUUAUUCAUUUGAAAAUUCUGUCGUCAAAUCUCCUGCGGGUAGCUAUCUUAGCGCUGUAUGGCUAAUAGCAGUAACCUUUCUUACAUUAGGUUAUGGUGAUAUUGUUCCUUAUAGCGUAUGUGGCAAAGUAUUUGCCAUCACAACCGGAAUGAUGGGCGUCGGUAUAAUGGCUCUGUGCGUUGCCGUAUUGGCGAAAAAACUUGAACAAACACGUUCCGAGAAGUACGUACAUACAUUUGUCCAGCAGAUCCAUAUGGACAAAAUUCGUCGUAAUGCUGCAGCUGAUGUAGUAAAGCAGUCAAUGUUGAUAUGGCGUCUUCGCAAACUGGGCUAUAAACAUACCAGCACUGAUGUUAUUCGUCAUCGCAGGAAAUUAAUAUCUGCUAUCCGCGAAAUGAAUAAGUCCAGUGACGAAAAGUAUAGAUUGCGCGAUAAUGUCGUUGGCACUGUGGAAAUUGCCAAAGGAGUAACAGAAGUAUGUGAUAUGGUUGAAAUUAUUAAAGACAAUCAGGAAACCGUCAAUAAAAGGCUUGAAAAUCUGGAAACUUCAUCCGCCAAUAUACAAAAACAACUUUAUGAAAUUCGCAAUUUACUUCGAACAAAUUUAAGAUGAUUAGUCUUAAAGACCCAUGCACAUUAUUUGGCCAAUUCAGAUUUUGACCAUCUUCAUGAAAACAACAUUGACAACUGUCCAUCUAAAAACUUUUUGAUAAUGUGAUUUAUUAUACUUUCACUCCUACGUGCACAGCAAGCAAAUAUGUAUCUUCAUAUGAUUUACAGAAAGACUUUUCAAUGAAAAUCAAAUGCUCAUCAAAUUAUUCUAAUAAGUAUUUCAAUCUUGUCAGUUUUUGUAUAACAUGCACGACAAUGGUUGGCCUUUCACUGAGGGAGCAGAAAGAACAACACGUGGAAUGAUAUUCUGACUUAAUAUGUUAUGUCCCAGGAACAUCCGUGGUAUGUAGUCAUCUCAGGAUUAUUGGCAGUAAGGAACAAGAUGUUAAUAUGUUGAUGGGAAUAUCUGUGAAUGUCUCUUCCUGUCACGUGUGUCAUCAUUUAUAGUCGCAUAUCAUGAAAUCAUCUGAGGAAUUGUGUUUGGUUAUUAUUGUGAUUGCAUAUCUCAUAAAACACCAAGAUAUUCAUAUUACUAAAACGGUUACAUAUUAUUAACCAAAUAUUCCAACGUCACCUUAGUUUUAUAAUGGAAAGUUAAAAUACAAAAACGUUCUAUGUAAAUCCCUUAUUCAUUCCGUAGAAUGCUAACAUUAGCAGUAUAUGAACACGAUUUGAUCACUAGUAUAUGUUCACUUUGUACAUUUCCAGUUCGUCGUACCAGUUUUACUUCUUUUAUUGGAAGUAUCCAGAUAAAUAGUUGGUGGCUUAUUGACUUACACGCACAGUCUAUUUGGAGCUUCAACCUAUUUUAGGUCCGUUAAUGUCUAUAAAGUAACGUACAGAAUAAGUUUCUACUCAAUCGAAUUAUGCACAUCUUUGAUGACGAAAUUAUUUAUAUUUUUAUGCAAAUUUUUAGUAAUCUCCACGAUUCCGCUAUUUUUUUUUAACUGCAAGCACAUAUGAAAUUAACUAUGGUACACAAAACAUGCUUUAAAACUGGCGAUUGUCUUUCUGCUAAUACUAUGUGGACAUGGUUUCGACACCCCUGUUGGAUUCUCUUCUCUUCUCGCUUGAAUAGUUUCCACUGUCAGUCAACCAGAGUUGUAAUUUAAAAGUUAAAUUCAAACCGGGUAAAGGUAACUACUAUUUCCAGUAAAUGUGCAAACUUGCAGGGUUGAGGCUCGAUCAUUUCGAUAGCGUAUUGAAUUUAUCUGAUUAUAAAGAAACCAUUUGUAUAUAAAUUAGAAGUUUAGAAAACUGUUGUAAAUACAGCAUAAAUCACCUGCACGGUAAUAUUGCAAUGGAUACGUUAUUGUUACUGUUGAAAUUAAAUAUAAUAUUCCUUU